ACAGCUUAAAGAAGAAUGCAGUUGUUUCAGUAUUUGUUGUCAUGCUUUCUUUUUGAUGUAAUAUGCUACUUAAUAGAUGAUGCUAAUUUUAUUCCAAAAAUUCUUACAGGUGUUCAACGCAAGCUGGAAAUGAAUAAUCAGGAUGUUUAUAAGAAUGAUAAAUCCUUGAAGAGCUCUCCUAAGCAGGCAAGAUAUCGACCACCAGCAAGGAACAGCCCAACUUCCAUUUAUGCGGAUAGGACUAAGCGUGAAGUUUCAGAUGCAGCUGAGAAGCUGGCAAACAUGACGGUUGGUUCUGGUAGGAAUGAUGAGGCAAUCUCUGCCAGCUCCUAUGAAGGCUGGAGGAUGGCAUGGCCAAUCUGACUCUUUUCUUGGCCGGUCCCAAGAGCUUCGACCAGGCAGAGCUGCCUAUACGAGGAAAGUUGCUGGAUAAGGAGAGGGGAGGGGGGGAAGUGAAGGGCCUCCUCUGAAUGGGGCCUAAUAAUGGGUUCAGCUUGGUGAUUGUGGGGGGUGCUCAUGGGAAUGCUCCGGUUCAAGCUUUCUAAAAGCUGAGACCCUUGGUACUUUGUCCUAUCGAUUCGGUGUGUUUGAUGCGGGGUUGACUACAAUUAUAAGUAUGCCUAGUUAUACAUAAAAUAGUUUGCGGGUUGCGCUUUGGAUAUUAUGGAUAAUAUAAUGCAGUGCUUCUACUACUACUGGCCUGGUGUGUAUGGUGGGUGGAGAUGCCCCCAAUAUAUAUAUAUAUAUAACAGUGCUUGAUAAAGGUGGAUUUGGAGUUGGAAUUAAGUUGGUUCUCCUGACUGGACUGAUGUAAUAAGACGAUACACCUUACUUAUUACACCUUUAUUCAGUCUCUGGUUGUCUUUGGUUCCAGUUAUUAAUACACUAUUGGUUUUAUGCAUCUUAAAUCUAUUGGAUUGAAACUUA